GCCACCACUUUUUCUUUUCACCACCCGGGUAAAAAACAGAGAGGAGACUGAGCGGGAACGUGAUUAGUUUCCGGUCUCAUUCAGCUUCCUCUCUCUUGCCUAUAUAUACACACAUCUCAAUCACAAUACAUACAUACACACAUUCCUUCGUUCUUAUCCCUUUCUCUUAUAGAUCUGUAACUACUUUUCUCCUCAGAUCAUUUCAGCCUGCAAUUAUGACUCCGCCUAUCGAAACUGAGACUAAAAAAACCAUUUCCCACCGCUCUCCACAUCCGCCUCUGAAUGAGAGGAUUUUGUCUUCCAUGACCAGGAGAUCAGUUGCUGCACAUCCCUGGCAUGAUCUUGAGAUUGGACCUGAUGCCCCUGUGAUUUUCAACGCUGUGAUCGAAAUUAGCAAGGGUAGUAAGGUGAAGUAUGAGCUUGACAAAAAAACUGGGCUUAUCAAGGUUGAUCGUGUUCUUUAUUCAUCGGUUGUGUACCCCCAUAACUAUGGAUUCGUGCCUCGCACUCUUUGCGAGGAUAAUGACCCUAUAGAUGUACUGGUUAUCAUGCAGGAACCAAUUCUCCCCGGGUGCUUUCUGAGGGCAAAGGCAAUUGGUCUAAUGCCCAUGAUUGAUCAGGGAGAGAAAGAUGACAAGAUAAUUGCUGUUUGUGCUGAUGAUCCCGAGUACAAGGACUACAAUGACAUCAAGGAUCUCCCCCCACAUCGUUUAGCUGAAAUUCGUCGGUUCUUUGAAGAUUACAAGAAAAACGAGAACAAGGAAGUUGCUGUUGAUGAUUUUCUUCCUGCCACGAAAGCUUAUGAAGCAGUACAACACUCAAUGAAUCUCUAUGCUGACUACAUUGUAGAAAGUUUGAGGCGGUAGUUUCUUCAUUCGCAUACAAAUGAUCGUUCGUGGAACAUGUCAUCAGUUGAAAGGAAGAAACUCUGUUAUAUCGGCCUGCUCAUAUUGAAUAGGAAAUUCGCAUCUUAUUGCUUGUAAACAUGUUACUGUUUUCUAUGGAUUCUUGUAAUUGAUAAAGAAUUUUGUUUUGAUACAUGGUGAUAUACAUACCUUUUUAAGAACAUAAUAGUGCUUGUUUUUACUUUGGA